GACCCAAGCUAUUUGGGCAACACCAUGCACAUGACAUGCCCCCCCCCCAACUUCCAAAAAGCGUCAAAGGAACUUGACGCACGUAGAUUGCGGAUUGCGACGCCAACCAGAGAGAGGGGGAAAGAAGAUGAUCAUCAUCAUAAGCCCAGAGCAAGCGACUUGACCAAUCUUGGUUACGUGUUUCGGGUUGUGCGUGCACAUGAGGAAUUGUUACAGGUAUGCUUCCCCCCAUGGGCAUGAAUCCAGUAGCCCCGUUCUAAGAAAAGUAAAAUCAUCCAAUCGUCGGAUGAAAACUUCAAGGUAUAAAAAGUCGACGAAGCAAGGGUCAAGGCAUCAGUUCAUCGUUUGCUGACUUUUCAAUCACAUCUCCUUUGCUCAUCCUCAACCCCCAGUUGAUCCACCAACUUCACCAUGUUCGCCAAGAGUGUUGUCAUCGUGUUCAGUGCUUGCAUUGCCGGCUAUCUGGCCAUCCCCCAGAACUACCCCGAUGGCGAGAGCCCCAACAACCAGGCUUACAACCUGCCCGCUGAUGCCGAGACCCUUUUGGCUCAGCCUUUGUCCUUGGGUUUCUCUUGCGACAGCCGUGAAUAUGGCUACUACGCUGAUGUGAGCAACAAUUGCCAGCUCUUCCACAUCUGCCUCCCUAUUGAGGAUGACGCCGGAGCCGUGAUCGAGACCGCCCAAUGGACCUUCAUCUGCGGAAACGGAACCAUGUUCGAUCAGCAAACUUUGACCUGCAACUACGAGCAAGACUCUGUCCCUUGUGACCAAGCCGAGUCCCUCUACAACAUUGUCGAGUUCGGCAAGGUCGAGUCCGAUUAUUAAAUCAGCCUCCCUCCGGAUGAGAACUCAUUCAACCUCCAAAUCAAAAAAAUGCUGUUCGGACUUUCAUCAAUCAAACCCCUAGUGAUCUCUUACCAUUAAAAUACGGUUUCCCAUUGUUGACAAAAAGCAAUUGGACCGGUCUUCAAAUGAAAUCACCCCACCAUCCCCGACAGAGUCCUCGCUGGACAGUGUUUUCGAAUGCAAGAAGAAUUGAGUAUCUGUGCCCAUUUGCCACUCGCUUUUAUUUGUGAUUCAUUUUGAGGGCCUUGUUGUAUUUAUCUCAGAGGAAUUUACAAAUAAAAAUUUUGAAACAUAA